GUGGAGAACAUUUGAGAUCUUCUGGGGAUGGACAGAUGGAGAGUACUAGCAGUUCAUCAUGCAUGAGAUCUCUCUUAAUGGAUAUGCAUAUGGAACUACUGGCUUUCCAGCACAGAGUAUCCCUCAAACUCCUAGAUACCUACUCAGAUGAUGAGAAGCCUGAGAGGAGAAAGAAGCCACUUACGCAAAGUGCACAGUCUACUGCUGUAAAUUUAAAGCGAGCCAGAGCAGAAUGUGCACUGCAAGAAAAGAUUAAGAAGAAUAAAGUCUCCAAAGUUUUGUUUCUGGAGCAGAAAGCCUUACUUUCCUACAAGAAAGAUGCUACUAACAGAGGCACCAAAAAGCUUCUUGAGGAGGCUUUGGCAUUACUGGAGAAAGCAGGUGUUGAUGAGAAGCGGCUGGUCAGUGCUGCUACUUCUGCAGAGAUGGGAUCAGGAGUGGAAAAAGAGUGUAGACCUCCUCCGCCUCCUGUGCUGCUGUCACGUAGCAACCGAUCUUUAUCUUUCACACCAGCGCCAUAUGUGCUAGAGGAGCAGGUUUGCUGGUAUCGUAUUUAUGGACGAGAAGUCAAAGGUGUCAACCUGAAAGUGAGGAUUGGAGACUGCCACCUGGUUGGCACUGGUGAAACGAUUCCUUCUAGAGGAGAACGCUUGUUUUGCAUAAGUGGCCUGGAGCCCAACCAGAAGUAUAUCUUUGCUGUGGCAGCCUACGAUGCUCAGGGCAACCUGAUUGGAAGCAGUAUUGGAGAUACCACCAGGCCAGUGCUGGCCUCCCUCCCCCUGCCUCUGUUGACAGCCUGGACACAUCUGGCUCGGGUGGCCUACCAAACAGGCCAAUAUGCACUAGCCAAGAAAGCCUGCAGUGAGAUUUGGAGCCACUUUACCCUGCCGUCAGUCACAGAUUCUGGAGCCUCUCAGGAACCAGUGGAUGAGGAAGCUCCUCAGGGGCUUGUCCAAACAAAAUUGUGCCCAGAGACAUUGCAGCUCUCCUCUCCUCUACUACAGCAGCUUUUCCUCACCUCAAUCUUUAUGCAGACUGAAAUCCACAUCCAGGAGAGAGCACUAUAUUGUGACGCCCUCAGUGAUGGAAGCCCUUUGAUCUGGGGACAGGAGGCUAGACUUGCAGAGUGUGAAAGGAUGCUUGUGGCCAUAGAUCUGUCUCUACAUCUCAAUGAUAGCAGUGCUGCUUUGCAGGCUGUAGUGAGUUGCUAUGGCCUCCUGGUACCUUUUAUCUUCUAUCAGAUCCCAUCACACCCUGUGAUUCAGGUGUUGUUGAAGUGUCUGAAGGUGCUGCAAGAGAUUCCAGCUGCACUCAAACAGAAAAGGCGUGUAACUACUACUGAAUCACUAUAUCAUAUGGUGGCCUGCAUCACACACUAUGUGGCCAAGGGCUUGCAGGCCUUGAAGGAGGACUGCAUGGCAUCUUCAGUGAUGGAUCAGGGCAAACAGCUCCUACUGGAGAUGAGUGAGAGUCUCCAGCAGCAUGAUGGGGUACCCGAAAAGAAGGCAGUGGCUGCACAGGAGGGUGAACCUAGUGAGGAGUUGAAGGCUUUGGCAUGUAGUGCUUUGAAGCAGCAGGAAAAAAUGGGAACACUUGUAAACUGUGAUAAUCCAACCUGGAACGGAGAAGCAGCAGACUAUUUUGAUCAUGACCUCAGUGGAGAAGAGGACCCCAAAAUUCUGUACAAGGUUAUUGGUUCCAGCUCCCUCAGAAAUGCUUUCAAAAACGUAAUGAAGUUUAAACGAGUGUCUUGCUUCAUGGAGUAUGCUGCACUCCUGUUGCAGAAAGCUUUGCAAGAGGAUCAGUUGGAUCUGCUAAUACAGUGGGGACAAGAAAUCUUCAGCUGGAUUAAGAGCCGAGAUCAAAGUUUGAUGUUGCCAAAGAAGCCUAAUGGGAAAUUAAGGAAAGAUCAGAAGACGUUCACGAUAUCUAUCAUACAGUAUUGUAAUAAAAUAAACAGAUUUUACAAAAAGAAGAAUGAGUUGCAGAAGAAAUCAAUUUCAAGCUCAGAAGACUGUGAGAGAGAGUUCAAGGCGGUGGAGACAAUGAUGAAACAGGUGGGUUCAGUGAGAAGGCACCAGAAGCAGAGGCUGAUGAGGAAGGUCUGCUCAGACGAGUUGCCCUGGCGAUGCCGCGCCAACCUGACGCUGGCUCAAGCACACCUGGGUCUGCUGAGAAAGCACUUACACCAUCACCCUGUAACACCUAUCCAGCACUGUUACAGCAAGUUACCUCUGCACUUCUUCUCCUUGGCACAUACUGGAACACUAGUGAAAUGGAAAAAUAUUUCCCUACACACCAAACCUCCUGAGUUGAGACCUUCAAUCCUCAAACCCACCAUUCACAAAGGAGCACCAAACAUCAGUGGAGAGGGAUCUGGGGAAAGUGAAGUGGAGAGUGAGUUGGACACUCCACGUACACAACUGACCAUUGAUUCAGAAAGCAGUGAAACAGCUGAAACUUCUACAUGCCACGUCCUCUUUAAGCAACUGAACACAAUCUACAAGGCCUCACUACACCUCAGGAGAGCCAUGGUUCUGGCCUAUCGUGGAAGUCUUUGGACAUCUCUGCAGUGGGUGUGUGAGAUCCUCUGGGACCAGUUCAGCACUAUUGCAUUUCUGGUGGAAUGUAGACAGAGCUCUGAGACUCCCAGCACACUGACACUAGAUCAGUUCUACACAGAGUUCACACCCCUGCUGGCUCUGGCUUCAGAGCUGCUCAUGGACAUGAUGGAGAAACUGCAGCAGUGGAAAGCAUAUGAUGAGGAAGGUGAAGAGCUGGAGGCCAGGCCUCUGAAUGAUGGAGUGCUGGUAGAUCUGAAGUGGAUGAAGAAUUUGGUGUUGCACACACUGGAGCUCCUCUUCUACCAGGGCAAAUGGGAAACUCUUGCCCAUCUUGCUUUGCUAUACAACUGUUAUACACGGGAACACUACACUCAUAUGAUAACGCCAGUACUGGUAUAUGCUCAGAGAAGACUGCUGGAAAGAAUAAGCUACUUUGGAGGCCCUUCAGUCCCUCAGCCACACUUCACCUACACAGAGUCCGUUACUGGAGAAAAGGUGACCUGUAGGAACUAUUCAGGCAAGCAGCUGCUCUUACGUUCCAGUGUGGAGGAUUGGCGUGAGAAUACUGCAAGCAGUGCUGCCUCAGAACCUCUGGAGGUGGCAGAGAGGGAAAGGGCUAUGUGUGUGGUUUCUGUACCGCUGGACAUUGAUGACACCCUGCGCUGUUUCAGAGAGUCCCUGGCCAAGAGACGUUACACACUUCGUGCCUUCCAGCACAGCCGCACACUGCUCAUGCUUCUGCUAGCUGAUGCACAGCACUCAAUAGAGGUGCCAUUCUGUAAGGAGUCCUAUCCUGGCUCAGAGGGCAGAGUGGAGUUUAACAUAGCAGCCAGCAGUGCCCCGUCCAUCGGUCCUCCAGACCUGUCCAAUGAAGACUACAACUCUGUGGGCUCUGUGUACAGCUUGCCCCUGUCUCCCUCACACAUCCAGACCAUCCUGUCCUCCUAUAACAGCUCUAUGAAAUACCUUCAGGCAAAUAAAUAUAACUCACUGCAAAUUCAAGCUCUGCGUGACCUUGGGAAUCUGCACUUCUACAACGGAAAUCCAAAGGCUGCUCACUCAAAUUGGAGCAAGGCUCUGGACUGCUCCCUGCAGACCACUAAUGUGCUAGAAUCCUGGGAUGGUGAUUCAUGGGGCCAUAACUCCUCUGAACAGCCCCUGAGGCAUGCUGGGAUAUGGGGCUGUCUCCAGGGUGCAUUGCUGUCUGCAAAAAUUGCUCAGUAUAUCUUAACAUCUAACAUAAGCCAACGAACAAAUUGCUGCCUUCUCUCUGCUAAGCUCUUUAAGUGUCUGUUGAGGGCGUCCCUGCCUCAUCCUCAUAACGAUUUGGAAUACUCUUCUUACAUGCUGAAUACGGCGCUCAUCCCUGGGGUGAAUGUGUUCUGGUCAGAGUCGGACCAGACUCUCAUUGGCAGCACUGUGGCCAGCCUGGGCUUUGUGUGUCACUGGCUCUACACCUCAGGACAUCACCUCUCAGCACUUCCUCUUCUGGUUCUCUACCAAUAUGUAGCCAGCAAAGUGUGUCAGCAGCCCCAUCUCACUGCAGGAUGCAGAAUAAUGAAGGUAAAGACGCUGACUGAGCUGUGCCUGUUUGCUGAGGCAGUGAAAGAGAUACACAGUCUAGGUGAUGGAGAGGAAGUCCCCCUGCCUCACAACAGCUACACUAGAGCAGAGAAAGCUUCGACAUGGAAGAAGUUCAGUAAUUAUAAACCUCUUAUGGAUCCUUGUAAUCUUGAGGUUCUGGAGGAGCUGGUGAACAAGAAACUCAGUGAAGAUAUUGUGGCUUUGUACGGCACCAAAUUGACCUGCCGACUGCACCUGGCCAGGCUUCAGCUCAUCUUGGCCAUGUGUAGUACGAUUCAUGACCUAGCUGAGCCAAUUACAGAGGUUUUGGAGACCCAGGUGAGGAGCUCCAGUACUCCUAGCCUGCACGAGUCCAUCAGUGACGAGUCUCCCAGCGGCCCCUCCUUGAAGAGUGUGAAGCCCAAAGGCCUGCAGUUCCGGCUCCAAAAAGACACACUUACUCCAGGACAAGUCAAGGCUUUGCUACUAAAAGAGAGCUUCAACCAGCUCAACUCUGAGCUGUUUGCACUUCAGCACAUCCACACAGACCCUGAGGAGCUGGAGCUGGCUGUGGAGAUCAGAUUGAUGCUGUCCAGUGUCAACCUGCAGCAGGGCAAAGCUGCCUCCAGUGCAGAUCAGGCGGCAUCUGCUCUCAGGUUACUGCAGGACUCGCCAUUGCUCCAGACUGACAGUCUCCAACAGCUGCCCCCCAGACGCCCAUCUUCUGUGCUUAAGCAGUCCAGUACCAGAGCCGAACAUGAGCAGCUGUAUGAGCCAGAGGCAGAUACCGGACCUCAGCUAGGAGACAUGCCAGUAGCAGUGGAAGCUUUAGAGCACAUGGGUCGCUCACUAUGGCUCCGCUGCACACUGGCUGUGGUCCAGAGCCUCACUGCACACAUCCCUGGCACUGCCAUCUACCCAGGUGUGGACAGCAGUGUGGAGGCGGACAGGUUGAUAAAACAAGGCCUAGCUGAGGCUGAAGCCUGGGGAGACCCAGACACACAGGCUCUGCUGCUCCUACAGGGGGUCACGUUGAACACACACUGUGGUAGAGUGCCGGAGGAGAGCGUCUCCAUGCUGCAGGAGACAGUAAGUCUGCUGUCUGGACGUAGUACCCUUUCCAUGCAUUCUGGUCUGUCACUUGCUAAGGCCACUCUGCUGCUGAGUGAACUGAGGGGCUCAGAUGGUCAGCCGCUUUACCUGCUCACUCAGAAACUACUACAGCAGCAGCUGAAGACACUGGGGGAGUGUGUUGUGCAGAAGGCAGGGGGAGGACUGCGGCUGCUCUCCAGUACAGCUUGGAGGAAUAUUUACCACCCACAGCUCCCUCUACUGGCCAAGACAACCAUGCUUUUGGGUCAGUGUUUGGCCCUGCAGGCCAUGGUGAGCUCAUCAGAAAAAGAUGAACAACACUCAAAUCUGUGGUUAUUGGCUCAGGAGGAGCUCCACUCUGCACUCAUCAUCUCACGAGCCUUGGCUAGCAGGGACCCCCAGCUUGAGGCUGAUAUCCUGUACCUCAAAGGAACUGUGGAGAGGACCCUGAUGUCACUAGGCACACUCAGACAUCAGACAGUGGUAGAAACCUUCCUGGAGAGCAUCAGACUGGCUCGUUCUCACAGCCACAGUCUGCAGUUAAUCCACAUGUGCUAUAUGGAGAUAGCGCUAAUAUACCUGCAGCAGUGGCAAAAUACCACCACUGACCUUGCCGAAUCUCCACUACCUACAGAACCUGCUGAAUCAGAUGAGUGCUUAGACUGGACUCAUGUGACACAGAGUCACUUACUUCUUUUCUGGGUUUGUCUGAGAGCUGCUGCAAGGACAAUGGAAGUGCUCACAAGCCAUGGCCAGUUGUGUGGCAUCACUACAGCAACAGAAGGCCCAAUUCCUCUUCUAUCUCUCAAAGCUCUCGCUGAUUUUGCCUCCAAUGAUCUACUCAGUCCUUGCGGUGGCAUGGAGGAGCCCAUGUUAGUUCACCACGGUUCUGCUCCAGAUAUGGACAUUGAGCUGAAAGUCAAGAGAUGCUCUGAGAUCACCUGGGUGCACCUCUCCCGCUACUAUACACACCUGCUCAAUCUGAGACACAUCUCCACACAACCAAUGGCAGGGCAGAGUGUGGAGGAGUUUAUGUCUCCAACUGCUGAUUCAAAUUUAACUCUCAAACUCACUCAGUUACACACCUUCUUCAGUGAUCACCUAGCAACUUACAAAGAGCAGUGUGUUAUACCUGAUCCUCCAUAUGCCUUCAUUCUGGGGCCUCAGACUAUACAGCAGACGGUGUCAGACCUGUGUCCAUGGGCCAUGCUGAACACACACCGGCUCUGCAUUCAGUGGCAUCGACCCAGACUGGCAAGCAGUGGACUAGCAACCAAAACGAUAAUGCUGGUCUUUGCGCUGAAUAAAGCACCGAUGUCUGACACACAGCCUGCCGCUGACAUAAAGGCUGGACACAGGCUUAUCUCUACAGACAGUUUGAAAGCUCUGCAUGUCCAGCUGAUCUCAGUGUGUGUGGCGGCCAAGAUGGAUUCGAGUGUGUCUGUCUCUUCUACACCCAGCAUGACCACCUCUGUCAGCUGCAUACAGGAGAGUGAGCAUGGCAGCAGGACCCCUGUUAAAGCCAGCACCAGCAGACAGCCACAGAUGCUGCUGGAGAAAACCAGGCAUAUCUGUACUGAGAUAAGAAAUCUUCUGAAGCCUGAUUUAAAAGCAAAUCCCAUCACAAAGGUACCUUUUGAGCCAAGUGUUCAGAUCUUGUGCGACCUGGAGUGCUGCUUUAACCCUUCAUCAGGAGCCACUUUGGAGGACAGCGCACUAAGUGACUGGCUCUUCUCUCUUCUCACCUGACACUACAACAACUCAAAGACACCAAAGAGGCAGCUGUCUUAAGGGAAUGCUCUAGUGUUUUUCAAACUUAUCUCUAUCUACUGGAUCAAAACUCGCAACUCAUUUUAUCUACUGGAUCAAAACUCAUCUAUAAAUGUUAAACAGCUUUUCUGUUAACUCCUUUUCUCGGUACAGAGGAACAUCAAAGUUUUUGUAUGUGGUAGUCAUCUGUAUUCUGGAGUAUUCCUUUAAGAAAAUCUUACAUAAUAUGCUCUGAAAUUUUAGGUUCAGUUUUUAAUGCAAAGUAUAUAGGGCAUUAUUCACAACCACUGUGAAUUUAUUCAAGUUUCAAAAGACACUCAUUACACAGCUAUACAGAUUAUUUGGAUCACUUAAAACAGCAAUCUCAACAUGUCGAGACUUUUUAAUGAUGGAAAGAUGUGUUUUUUGUCAAACAUUGGUCACCCCAUUCAUAUUAGAACUGCUUCAUUUCAUACUGUAGUUUAUGUAAACUCUGCACCAUCGGAAGUAGAGAGCGUGUUAGGAUGUUGUUUGGCCAGCUGCAUGCCUUAGCGUUGAUGGGUCAGUGAUGCUGAUUUAGUCAGUGGUUAAGCCAGGCAGAACGCAGAUUCAGGAGGAUCUGUGCAUCACUCGGGGCCAGCUUAUACACCCCCAGCUCAUUCAGAGCUGACUCAGGCGUGGGCUGCUGGGGUCUCAGAGAGGCCUCAUCCUCUUCUGGUUCCUCCUGCUUCAGCACGUCACACAGCAACAGAGCCGGGCCGACCUUCAGAUUCAGGAUAAUGCAGGCCUCCUUCACACUGGCAUGUUGACAGACAGCAAGAUAUUUGUUACUGUAUGUGAGGAGCCUUCAGUAAAACCACUCACUUUGUGCACUUUAAGAAAAACUAAAAUGGGCAAUCAAUUACUCGCAUCUGAAACAUAAUUAAACUUGCUCCUUUGCUUGAACUACAAAGGCAGUUUGAAAAGGCCGGGCUUAUUAUUUCUCAUUAAAGAGAAUGUGAAUCUGGCUGUAAUCCCCCACGCCCCUACGUGUUCUUCCAUACUCACUGUUUGAAGAAGUUCUCGGGUCUCUUGCAGUAGUGUCCAAACAAUGGAAACAAGUUUCUAGUCAUGUCAAACUGGAGCUGUGCAGCACCACCUUCAUUGAAGUGGUUGUACAGGAUCACCUGUGAAUACAGAGAAACAGUUAUUGCAUCAUUAAGCGGUAACGAUAGCUUCUGCACUAUUUAGCUAUACAAUGGAACAGCCCUCCAGGGUCAGAGUUUUUAAGCAAUGGCUUGGCUAAUCACGAAAUUGACACAAUUUCCCCUACUCCACAUUUUAAGACAUGGCUGGUGUUUUAAAGUUUUCUUCUUUAGUUAUAAGACUGAUCAGCUAGAAGACUGAUGUACCAGUAUUGCUAACAAGAAAACCCAAACAGGCAGAGAGAAAAACAAACAAACAGAAUAUUACCACAGAAAGUCUAGUUUAUUUCAGAGGACAAAAUGGAUCAUUUCUUUUCAGUGUGCCAAGCAACAGUACGAAAUACUUUCAAAGUGAAAGUAAUCACUACCAGAAACAAAUGUGUGUCUUUAAUGUUCUGCUCCCUUGAUCCUUCAGAAAACCAUAGCAGAUGCAGAAAACUGGAAUUUUCAGGUGUCUUCUGUAUUGCACUAGCAAAUACAGUAGAUGUUGGCACCUCUGAUGUUGUUAGGAAGUAAGGGGAAGCUUAUAGCUACUGCUUCAGCAAACAGCAUGCCUAUACCACACACACACAGUAUUUCCUGAACUGAAUCAAGUUUUUAAAUAAUUUCAUAACUUGAUUAUGUGGUUCUGACACUGUAUGAUACACUAUCAUUGGAAAAAAAAGAGACAAAAGCACAAAUCA